UGUAGGUACGUGGCCGCUUCAGCUGACAGUCUCCAUGAUGGCGACAGAGGUUCAGAGCGGCGACCUCGACAGCGCUACUUCCAGCCGGCUCGAAGUUUCCAUCGAUGGCCUCACCCUCAGUCCGGACCCGGAGGGCGAGCAGAGCCCGGUGGAAGAGCCGGAGCCCACACCCGCCGAGCCCGAGACCGAGACGCCGGCUGCGCCUGAAGGCGAAGAUGGAGAGACUGCCAAAUCUGCGAUAGAGAGGAAAUGGGGCUUUUCUCUGCAGGAGCUGUACGGAAUGGCCCUUAAAUUUUUCAAAGAUAAAGACGGAAAGGCCUUCCACCCGACCUACGAGGAGAAGCUCCGACUGGUGGCUCUGCACAAACAGGUGCUGCUCGGCCCGUAUAAUCCCGACGCUUCGCCGGAGGUCGGCUUCUUUGAUGUCCUGGGUAACGACCGCAGGAAAGAGUGGGCAUCGCUGGGUAACAUGGAGAAGGAGGAGGCCAUGGUGGAGUUCGUCAAGCUACUGAACAAGUGCUGCAACCUUUUUGCGCCCUACGUCACUUCACAUAAGAUUGAAAGAGAGGAGCAGGAGAGGAAAAGGAAAGAGGAGGAGGAGCGUCAGAGGCGGGAGGAAGAGGAGAGGGAGCGACAGAGGCAGGAGGAGGAGAGACGGAGGCUGGAGGAGGAGGAGAGGCUGAGGAGAGAGGAGGAGGAACGGAGGCAGGUGGAGGAGGAGAGGCUACGAAUUGAGCAGCAGAAACAGCAGAUAAUGGCAGCGUUGAAUGCCCAGACGGCGGUGCAGUUCCAACAGUACGCUGCUCAGCAGUACCCCAACAGCCCGGAGCAGCAGCUGGGCCUCAUCCGUCAGCUCCAGGAGCAGCACUACCAGCAGUACAUGCAGCAGCUCUACCAGGUCCAGCUGGCCCAGCAACAGGCGGCCUUACAGAAGCAGCAGCAGCAGCAGGCGGAUUCAGCAGUGCAGGGCACCCUAGAAUCUAGCAGCUUCAACAGCGGCGAGCCCAUCCCCGCCUCAGCAGCAGGACCGCUGUGUGCUUCUGCACCGCUUGUUGGCGAGGAAGCUCCUACAGUCAAUGGAGGCCAGUCGGACUCCUACUCAGAGAGCAUGGACCGGGAGCCAGAGCCAGAACCGGCAGAGGAGGUCUCAGAGAACGGGCCUUUAUUAGAUUUUCACAACAGAUCGCAAAAUAUCUCUUGUCCCUUGAUCACAGCAGACUCCCCGCCGGUCAUAGCGGCUCCUUCCAUGUGGACGCGGCCGCAGAUCAAGGACUUCAAGGAGAAGAUCCGCCAGGAUGCAGACAGCGUGAUCACGGUGGGGCGUGGCGAGGUGGUGACGGUGCGGGUCCCCACCCACGAGGAGGGAUCUUACCUGUUCUGGGAGUUUGCCACAGACUAUUAUGACAUCGGGUUUGGGGUCUUCUUCGAGUGGACGGACGCUGCGUCUGCGUCGGUCAGCGUGCACGUGUCCGAGUCCAGUGAUGAGGAUGAGGAUGACGAAGGUGACCCUCCCACCGAAGAGGAGAAGGCAAAGAAGGAGGCCGGGAAGCCCCAGGUGGAUGAGAUUGUGCCGGUUUACCGGCGGGACUGUCACGAAGAGGUGUAUGCCGGCAGCCACCAGUACCCCGGCCGCGGAGUCUAUCUGCUCAAGUUUGACAACUCCUAUUCGCUGUGGCGCUCCAAGAGUGUUUACUACAGAGUCUACUACACCAGAUAAGCCUGAAUACAGACACACGGGGAGCCAAGGAGUGUGUAUGUUCAUAUAUGUGUGUGUUUGUGUGUGUGUGGGCGGAGAGUUGUGUGACGGCAGCCUGUAUUUGUGUGUGUGAGUGUGUGUGCGUGUUGAAGGAGAAAGUGAUGCCAGAUCUGUUGUGGACAAAACCACCAGAGGGUGACAAAGAGACACAUCUGGAGCCCUUGGACUGGAGACUGGACUAAUCUGUCUGUACUGUUUGUAAGCGCGACCCCAGAUGAUACCACGCUACAUCCCAUCAUCGAGCCCUUCCAGGAGGAGUCUGUUUCCUGUUGUAUAUCCACCCCCUGUCCCCGCUGCGCUCACAUGCACCGAGCUGUAGGACUCUGCUCCCAUGUUGUAUUUUACCACUGUUGCCCCCCUCUCCCUCCCCAGGCUCCACCUCUGCCCCCACACCGGCCCCAGCACUGUCCAACCUCGUGGCCUUGUGGCUGCUUCUGCCCCGAGUGGUGUUUUUUUGUAACCAUGAAUGGAAACUCGGCAAGUCCAGCACUCUGCAGCGUUUCCUGUUUGUCGGUGGCCGUUUCUCCCCAGAGAACACAGACAAUGUUGGAAAUCCAUUUCUAUUGUGCUUCAUAACACUAUGCCUUCUACAUAGAGGUCUUCUGGUCUUUGCCAAGUCUCUUUCACACAUUAAAAACACCAGGGCACACGCAUCCUUUUUGUUGUAAAGCAGUAGUCUGUUAUUCUCUGAACUAGCCUGUUUCUCUCUGAGUGAAACAGUUCCUGGUUUCCUUCCAGCGGCGUCAUUUAUGAAGGACAGGCAAGAAUCAUUUAGCCGCAUGGUUGCUAGUAGAGGGAGUGCAUAAUGUCAUGGUAACGUAUGGGCUUUUCUGGCCUUCUAAGCAUCUCAGUAUGAUACAGAAUAAGAAGUUUAAAAACAAGUUACUUUAUAUAAGUUUGUUUCCAUUUCUCCUGAUUUUUUUUUUAUCAGCAUCGGUUUAUUUUACAUUCGAGCAUUUGCUUCUUCACAGUCCCUGUCCAACCGUCUGUCUUUAUCUCAUUAAUCACACACAAAUUUAAAAAAAGGAAGGUAUUGUUGAAAUUACUGGGGAGGCUUUUGUGUUUAUCAUUCUGUGUGUAUUUCAGAUUUGCUGUACUGAGUUCUGGCACACGUGUGACAAUAAAAACCCACUAACUACCCAUGUUCUGGAGGUCAUGACACACUGUUACACCUGUGCAAAAAUCCAACAUCCACCAUACGAAAUGCUGUGUUCCCUUUUAUUUCUUUUUCUCUGGUAGACUCAGAUUUUCAUCUCAAGUGUUGUGAAUAAACUGGGAUGACAGACGUGUAAUUGUGUCCCGGGUGACAUGGAUGCUUACUAACUCAGUCGUGACAUCUAAAUAUAUUCGACUUUAAUUUUCCGUUGCCAUCAUUUCGAUUCAUUCUGUCGUUGGGUUUUGGCUGUGCUGUAUGAACCGUCUGAAACUGAACGACGGUCGCUGAAUGUGUCCGGUGAAGACGUCGGGUUUCACUUCACCACACUUACUGUGCAUUUCUGUGUGCAAGCGAACCUGUGACGGAUUUCGGAAUAUCUCGCAAGUUGAGCGAUCUUCCGGCGACUUUGCUGCGCGUCAGAUUAUUUAACUACUCCUGCCUCCAACCCGUUCAGUGAUUUUUGUGUAAGAAAAUGUCACUACCUAUGGCUGAACCAAGCUGUAACGUUCAAGGAAGUUCCCAUAUCCUCUCGAUAUGUGAUGUUUGUUUUUGCUUUUCUUAGGUUUUCUUGUUGCUCACCAAUGGUUUGAGUUGAGUUGUUCAAGCCUUGUAUGUAAAUAAUUCUAUAAAUGAGUUUAUGUAUGGGUUUUUAGAUGAGGAAGAAGGCUAUGGUUUUUUGCGAAUCAAUGCACUGUAAAGUAAGGUGACCGAGAUAUUACAUUUUACCCCAAAUGAAAGUCCAAAGCUUGUAGGAGGUACAAAAAGUGUACGACUCCGCUGACGUGACAGACAGAAAAGCUCAUUUUUUUGUAUUGUUUUGACUUGUUUGGAUCUCUUAUGAGUUGCAAGAUCUUUUUGGGCAUAUAUUUAAUCUUGAUUAAACUUAUCUUCAUCUCUA